AUGGGCGCUCAAAAGAAAUCCUUGGCCGACCUAAAGAACAAGAAACUCUUUCAGAACAAGGGCUACAUCAACGGAGAAUGGGUUGCCUCCUCGAGCGGUCCGACCUUCGACGUCCUCGACCCAGCGACGCUCGAUAAGCUUGCCACACUGCCUGAGAUGGACAAGACGGACGUCGCGAAGGCGGUGAACGCAGCGCACGAGGCGUUCAAAUCGUACAAAAAGACUUCUGCUCGCGAAAGGGCCCGAAUGUUGAGGAAGUGGAGCGAUCUAUGCCAUGAAGUAAGUUGGUUUCCCCUGGUCGCGAAACAAGAAUACAGCUCAACAAACACGACAACAGAACGUCGACGAUCUUGCCCUGAUCAUGACACUCGAAAAUGGCAAGACUCUCGCCGAAUCGAAGGGCGAAGUCAUCUACGGCGCCUCUUUCCUCGAAUGGUUCGCUACUCAGGCCGAAAUGGUACAUGGGGAAGUUGUACCUCCCGCGAAUCUCAAGCAGCGGAUCAUCACUUUCAAGCAGCCGAUUGGAGUUGCUGCUUGUCUAGCUCCGUGGAAUUUUCCCAUCGCGAUGAUUACGAGGAAGUGCGGUGCUGCGCUUGCGGCGGGGUGCACGACUGUGUGGAAACCAGCGGGAGAAACGCCGCUUUCUGCGCUUGCGCUGGCUGUGUUGGCGGAACAGGCUGGGUUUCCGAAGGGCAGUAUCAAUGUGAUUACUUCCCUGGCUGGUGUUGCUGAGGUCGGGGAGGAACUGUGUACGAAUUCGAAGGUGCAGAAAGUGAGCUUCACGGGGAGCACAAGAGGUAAGAGGUCCCAAGUGCACGUUGUUCGAUCUGAUUGAAGUGACCGCUGACGCUAUUGCCUUUCUUUCGGGACAGUCGGGAAGCUAUUGAUGAAGCAAUGCUCUUCCGCCCUCAAGAAGCUGUCCCUCGAACUCGGCGGCAACUCGCCGUUCAUUGUCUUCGACGACGCGAAGAUGGAAACGGCAUUAGAAGCAGCCAUCCUGGCCAAAUUCCGGAACUCGGGCCAGACGUGCGUGACAGCGAACCGUAUCUUCGUGCAGGAGGGCAUCUACGAGGACUUCGCAGAACAACUGACGGAAAGAAUCAAGAAGCUGAAAGUCGGCGCCGGAACGGAAGAAGGCGUCUUCGUCGGUCCUCUCACGCACGAGCGAGCGGUCGAAAAAGCCAUGCGGCAUAUCGACGACGCCAAAGCUCACGGCGGCAGAGUACUCUAUGGCGGCGCUGCACUUACGGACGUUGGGAAUGGGAAGGGCUAUUUCCUACAACCCACCGUGAUCACAAACAUGAGCACAGAAAUGCUGACGACGAGGGAGGAGACGUUUGCACCUGUCGUGGGGUUGUACCGCUUCGAGACGGAAGAAGAAGUGAUUGCGUUGGCGAACGAUUGUGACGUCGGACUGGGGAGUUUUGUGAUGACGGAGAAUCUGGCGAGGAGUUGGAGGGUUGCGGAGGAAUUGGAAGUGGUGAGUUAACACCCUCCUCGGCGCUGACGGGCAGUGUGUCCCAAGCCAUGAAUAUGGAGAUAAAGUCGCUGACGCCAAUGUUAUUGUGCUGGGUUUAGGGCAUGGUAGGAGUCAAUGUGGGAAUGCUGAGUGCGUGCGAGAGCCCGUUUGGAGGCGUUAAGGGGAGUGGCUUUGGACGAGAGGGAGGGACGCAGGGGAUUGAGGAGUACCUCGUGGUCAAGUCGAUGCUCAUCAAUGUGGCAAAUUGA